AUGCCCACUAUUGAGGAACUACUUGACGAAUUGGGCAACGCUUCUUGGUUUUCUAAACUGGAUUUACGCCAAGGUUUUCAUCAAAUCCGGAUGCAUCCUAAAGAUAUACCAAAAACCGCAUUCCGCACUCACCAAGGUCACUAUGAAUUCUGUGUUAUGCCAUUCGGCCUGUGCAAUGCUCCAUCUACCUUCCAAGCUGCCAUGAACACCUUACUCCAACCAUAUCUGCGCAAAUUUGUCACUGUCUUCUUUGACGAUAUUCUCGUCUACAGCGUUUCUCUCGAGGCACAUUUAAUUCAUCUUGAACAAGUGCUCACCACCCUCCUGAAAGAAGAAUAUUUUUUGAAAAAAUCCAAAUGUAUUCUUGCUCAACGCAGCUUGGAAUAUCUGGGCCAUAUUGUAUCAGCUUCUGGAGUUAAACCUGAACCUUCAAAAAUCCAAGCUAUUCUUGAUUGGCCAAUACCUUCCACAAUCACUGCCCUACGCGGAUUCCUUGGUUUAACUGGAUUCUACCGCAAAUUCAUUCGUGGAUAUGCUGCAAUUGCAACACCCCUCACCGCCUUACUCCGAAAAGACUCAUUCAUAUGGAACCCUGAAGCUACCAUUGCAUUCAAAGCCCUCAAACUAGCCAUGACAACUGCCCCAACUCUAACCCUCCCUGAUUUUAACCUACCUUUUGUGCUUGAAACAGAUGCAUCUGGCAUUGCCAUGGGAGCCGUAUUGAUGCAAAACUCUCACCCCAUAGCCUUUUUUAGCAAACCUUUUUGCCCAAAACUCCAAAGAGCAUCAAACUCAUUUUGCAAUACCUUACUUGAAGAAUUCCACAGCUCUCCCUCUGCUGGUCACAUGGGUUUCACUAAAACUCUUGGCCGAUUACAAGCAAAUUUUUGGUGGGAAGGAAUGAGAAACCAUGUCAAACAAUUUGUAAAAAAUUGCCACAUCUGCCAACAAGUCAAAUACGAAACAAAGAAAACCCCAGGUCUCUUACAACCUCUACCUAUCCCUCAUGCCAUUUGGGAGGACCUUUCACUUGAUUUCAUCACUGGUUUGCCGCUUUCUAAGGGUCACAAUGCCAUUCUUGUAGUAGUUGAUCGCCUUUCUAAAGGUGUGCAUCUAGCUGCCCUAGUCCCGAACUAUACUGCUCAUAAGAUUGCAUCCAUAUUCUUUGAUACUGUCUGCAAAUUACAUGGAAUGCCUCGCAGCCUUGUCUCCGAUAAAGAUCCACUCUUCAUCAGCAAAUUCUGGCGUGAACUAUUUUCUUUAUGCGGCACCAAAUUACGUAUGAGCACCGCCUACCAUCCCGAAACUGACGGUCAAACAGAAGUUUUCAAUAGAGUUUUAGAACAAUAUCUUCGUUCUUUUGUGCACCACAAACCGUCCCAAUGGUCUAAUUAUCUAUCACUUGCUGAAUGGUCUCAUAACACAUCCAUCCACUCAUCAACUGGCCUUACCCCAUAUCAAAUCACAUUCGGAAAGGAACCUCCAUCUAUCCCUCAAUAUAUCCAAGGCAACUCUCCCAUUGAAGCUGUUGAUUCCUUCCUCACUACUAGACAACAACUCAUUACAAAGUUACGUGCCAAAAUACAUAAAUCUCAACUCACCAUGAAACUCUCAGCUGACAAACAUAGGCGUGACAUUAAUUUUGAUGAAGGCACAUUUGUCUACGUCCGCCUCCGCCCUUAUCGACAGAAAACAGCCACCGAUACAACCUAUACCAAACUCCUAGACACAUUACACACCACAUUGAUCUCCUUCCCAAUUCUAAACCAGUCAACACAAAACCUUAUCGUUACCCAUACUUCCAAAAAAAUGAAAUUGAACUCCAAAUCCAAAACAUGCUUGAUUCCAAACUCAUACAACACAGUCAAAGCCCCUUCUCAUCACCAGUAUUACUAG